UGGGCAGGCUCCUGUCUCCUGGCCGGCUCUGGGCGCGGCCAGCGGGGAGGGGACUUCUCCGGGGACAGGGCCUCAAGGGACAAGACGGUGAAGACAGUUCAGGCUGGAGGCUACCGCCGGAGAGGUCCAGGCCAGACGGGCCCGGCCAGGCACGCCGGCCGCCAUGCAGGACGGUAACUUCCUGCUGUCGGCCCUGCAGCCUGAGGCUGGCGUGUGCUCCCUCGCACUGCCCUCGGACCUGCAGCUGGACCGCCGGGGCGCUGAGGGGCCGGAGGCCGAGCGGCUACGGGCAGCCCGAGUCCAGGAGCAGGUUCGUGCCCGCCUCCUGCAGCUGGGCCAGCAGCCACGGCACAAUGGAGCCGUUGAGGCGGAAGGCACGGCCCCGGUGGCCAGAGGCACGUCCAGAGCGCAGUACCACACCCUGCAGUCUGGCUUCAGCUCCCGCUCCCAGGGCCUGAGCGGGGACAAGACCUCGACCUUCCGGCCCAUCGCCAAGCCAGCCUAUAGUCCAGGCUCCUGGUCCUCCCGCUCAGCUGUGGACCUGAGCGGCAACCGGAGGCUCAGCUCCGCCCCCAACGGCGGCAGUGCCUUUGGGGCUGUGGGGUACGAGGGCGCCCAGCCCAGCCCCGCCAUGCCCGCCCGGCCCAUGUCCUUCCACGAGCGGGGCGGGGCCCUGCCGGACACUGGCCCCCUGCCAGACAUGCGUGGGCUGGACAGCUACAUGGGCCACCGCACUCUGCAAAGGCUCAGCAGCGGCUUCGAUGAUAUCGACCUGCCUUCCGCAGUCAAGUACCUCAUGGCCUCAGACCCCAACCUGCAGGUGCUGGGCGCCGCCUACAUCCAGCACAAGUGCUACAGUGACGCCGCGGCCAAGAAGCAGGCCCGCAGCCUUCAGGCAGUGCCUAGGCUGGUGAAGCUCUUCAACCACGCCAACCAGGAGGUGCAGCGUCACGCCACGGGCGCGAUGCGCAACCUCAUCUAUGACAACGCGGACAACAAGCUGGCCCUGGUGGAGGAGAACGGUAUCUUCGAGCUGCUGCGGACGCUGCGUGAGCAGGAUGAUGAGCUACGCAAGAACGUCACAGGGAUCCUGUGGAACCUGUCGUCCAGCGAUCACCUGAAGGACCGUCUGGCACGGGACACACUGGAGCAGCUCACGGACCUGGUGCUGAGCCCCCUGUCGGGGUCCGGCGGCCCCCCGCUCAUCCAGCAGACCGCCUCUGAGGCCGAGAUCUUCUACAACGCCACAGGCUUCCUCAGGAACCUCAGCUCAGCCUCUCAGGCCACUCGCCAGAAGAUGCGCGAGUGCCACGGGCUGGUGGACACCCUGGUCACCUACAUCAACCAUGCCCUGGAAGUGGGCAAGUGCGAGGACAAGAGUGUGGAGAACGCCGUGUGCGUGCUGAGGAACUUGUCCUACCGCCUGUACGACGAGAUGCCGCCCUCGGCCCUGCAGCGGCUGGAGGGCAGGGGCCGCAGGGACCUGGCGGGGGCGCCGCCUGGCGAGGUGGUGGGCUGCUUCACGCCGCAGAGCCGGCGGCUGCGCGAGCUGCCACUCACAGCUGACACGCUCACCUUUGCUGAGGUGUCCAAGGACCCCAAAGGCCUGGAGUGGCUGUGGAGCCCCCAGAUCGUGGGGCUCUACAACCGGCUGCUGCAGCGCUGUGAGCUCAACAGGCACACGACCGAGGCGGCCGCAGGGGCCCUACAGAACAUCACCGCGGGCGACCGCAGGUGGGCAGGCGUGCUGAGCCGCCUGGCGCUGGAGCAGGAGCGCAUCCUGAACCCCCUGCUGGACCGUGUCCGGACCGCUGACCACCACCAGCUGCGCUCACUGACGGGUCUCAUCCGAAACUUGUCCCGGAACGCCAGGAACAAGGACGAGAUGUCUACAAAGGUGGUGAGCCACCUGAUCGAGAAGCUCCCUGGCAGUGUGGGUGAGAAGUGUCCCCCAGCCGAGGUGCUGGUCAACAUCAUAGCUGUGCUCAACAACCUGGUGGUGGCCAGCCCCAUCGCAGCCCGAGACCUGCUCUACUUCGAUGGGCUUCGAAAGCUCAUCUUCAUCAAGAAGAAGAGAGACAGCCCUGACAGCGAGAAGUCCUCCCGGGCAGCCUCCAGCCUCCUGGCCAACCUGUGGCAGUACAACAAGCUCCACCGGGACUUCCGGGCGAAAGGCUAUCGCAAGGAGGACUUCCUGGGCCCAUAGGCGAGGCCUCCUGGAGGAGCAGAAGGUGAUGUGGCCUGCCUCCGAGGACCAGGCUCGGUCCAGGCUGCUUGCCAGCCUAGCCUGAAGAAGGCCGAUGCCCAAGGGGCUUCUCACUGGAGCCCUGUGUGCACCUUCAAGGGGCCUGGGCCACAAGGAGGGGACAGAGGCUUGGAGCUGGGGACUUGGCUUCUGCAGGGCAGGGGGUGGGGCAGGGCUUGAGGCUGCUCUGGUGCAUGGGGUGGUGAGCUGGUCACUUUGGCAGAGGUAAGGCUGCCGGAGACCUGGCAGUGCCU